AUGUACAAAAGUGAGAAAGUCCAAGUAAUAAAUGCUUGGCUGUCUAUGCAGCUUUUAAAUACUAUGACAGGUACAACAGAGGAAGAGCAUGAAGAAGAUGACACUAAUGAGGAUACUGAAGACUUGGAUAGCGACAAAAAAACUGACAUUGUUACUCAUGAAAUAGGAAUUGCUGAUAGUGAGGAAAACGAUGUUUGCAUUCAAUUUACGAGUGCAUCAAAUUCAANCCUUUUAAAUACUACGACAAGUACAACAAAGGAAGAUCAUGAAGAAGAUGGUACUUCACGCGAGGACACUGAAGAUGAUGAUAAUUCAUGUGAGGACACUAAUGAGGAUACUGAAGACUUGGAUAGCAACGAAAAAACUGACAUUGUUACUCAUAAAAUAGGAAUUACUGAUAGUGAGGAAAACGAUGUUUGCAUUCAAUUUACGAGUGCAUCAAAUUCAAAGUAA